AUAUUGAGCUUCAUUCUGCCACUAAAUAAAAUUUUUGAUAUGGUAUCAUAACCUUAUAUAUCAACCUCAUGUUCCUAUUGAUGUUCCUCUAUUAAAGUUGUUUCUAUCUGACCUCCUCUUUUCUAAAUUUGUGCAGAUAGAUGUCCUUUGACCAGCCCUUAACCCUUUAGUUAUUAUUAACUCCGCUGUCUUUGGGACAGGAAUCAGCUGUCAGCACACAAAUCCCAUCCUAAUAAAGUCAGAGGAAGUCAGAGCCCGUGUUUACUGGGAAAACCAUCCCAUCGGAGGUCCGAGCCGUCGACCAGGCCUUGAGCGGUUCACUGUUAUACAGCCUGUGCACUUUAAUAUUCCUCACGGAUCUGCUCUUUUCAUGCCGUGCUGAAGAGAGCGGCGUUUCUCUGUCUGAGCUUUCAGCAAUUAUCUCGGACACCUGAAAAUGAAGCUGCGUGUGCAAUUAGCGUGUCACAGCAUGUUUUCUCUCCAUAUAAAUAGCAGUGCAAGGUCUGUCUGAGAUCACUUGAAGAUGUGGACAGGACUGGAUGUAGUCUGCAGACUGUUGCCUCUGAUAAUUAAGCUUCGGCCGUUCAGUGUUUGGAGAUCCUGUUGCAUCUGUCUGAUUUCUCAUUGCAUCUAGACUACUUGUGAGAAACUUGACCUGAGGAGAUGAGUGAAAGCCCUCUGAUGGAGUACGAGCUGCAGUCUCUGGGCCCUGUCUCGGGCCCCGGGGCCACGGAGGGGCUUCUGUUGGCUCCGGACACAGAGCAGAUCACGGCGCUUUGUUUUGUGGGGCUCCUGCUGCUGUUUUUGGUGUUCCUGCUGGUGCGGUGUUUCCGGAUUCUCCUGGACCCCUACAGCAGCAUGCCGUCUUCAUCGUGGUCUGAUCAUAAAGACGGUUUGGAGAGGGGACAGUUCGAGUACGCGCUGGUCUAGCUGCACAAUUACAAUCUGUCUGUUUGUCCGAGACCUAGAAGAAGUACAACAAUCUCACAAAACCUGUCAGGAACAUUUAAUUUUUUAAAUUAUUUUAUUAUAAUAAUAAAAUAGUAUAUCCUA